AUGGAGAUUGGAAAUGAAGCAGCAGCAGGAGGAGGGGCUAGCAGAAUGUGGAUGAAGAAGCAGAGGAGGAGAAGGGGUGUGAGUUUUUCAGCCAGGCUGCCAUGGGAUGUUUCUCAGGCCUUCCAAGAUAACUGUGUCUGUGCAGUGAAGUAUUCCAGCACUCCCUUUUCAGAAAUCAGGGAAUCCAUUGUUGAGGUGGUGCAGAAUUUAGGGAUUCAGGAUUGGAACCAAAUGGAAGAUUUGGUAUACUGCUACAUUGCUCUUAAUUCCUCAGAAAUCCAUUCUUUCAUUCAGGAGGCCUUCCUCAGCCUAUCCCCAUGCUUUCUUUGA